UCAAGUGUAGUCGAUCCUUGGUUCGAACGGUUUAUAUCGUGAAUGGAUUUUGUGUUUGGUGAGAAAUGGUCGUGUUGAUAGCUCUAGAAUAGAUGCACACCAUGGAGGCGUAUUCCUCCGUUUUGAAAUCUGGUGAUGCCAGCCUAAGUCUCGAGGCUUUGCAAACGUACGUCGGGGAAAACAAGGAUAAAUUCCAAUUCGAGGAAACUGAUUCUGUGGUAACUAAUUUCGUUUCUGACGUUUUUCAGUAUCUGGGUAGUGAUAUUGUCUGUCGUGAUGGUCAGCGCUACGGACUGAACGCCUUGCGUAUUCUGACGAGGCAGAAAGCUGGAUUUCGGGAUGUCCUAACAGAGAAGGGUGCAUUGCGUUUAGUGCGCUUUACCGGUGCAGACAGUGAUAUUCCUGUUGAGGACGCCACAGCUGUCGAAUCUCUCAAGUGUUUAUGCAAUUUGACUUACCAGCACCACUCAUUCUCGGACAAUAUUGCUGGAUGUGAAGGAGCUGUGGCCCACCUUCUUCAGCAAAUCUCGAGUAAAGAUGCUGAGUAUGAUAUUCGUUUCUACAGUGCACGACUGAUCUUCCUGAUGUCAGCCGUAAACCAAUCGCUGCGAAGCGCGAUACGGCAAGCCGAUGGACUGCACAGACUGUGUGGUGGAGUGCUAGCUGCGUUGGGACUAACAGGGAAUGAAGGUGAUUGUGCCACGAUUGGUGAGCUCUCACAGCAGUGCGGAGACCUUGCAGCAGAGGUUAUGAAGUGUGUUUUCAACAUCAGCAUGGAAGUGUCAAAGGAACCCACGGAAAAAGAGAUUCAGAGUGUGAUGCUGCUGGUAAAGAUGGCACGCAUUGUGCUGUCUUCUCCCCACCUAAUGGGGCCCAAAGAUAUCAACCCACUGCGUUCACAGGUAACCUACAUGCUUAUCAACAUGCCUCCAAAUUGCGACGAUUUGUUCCUACCCAAAACCCAUUCUCAGUUUGGAACGGGUAACACCGUGAUCUAUAAUUAUCGUAAUGUAACAGCUGCCGAGCAGCUCUUACGUCAGCUUGACGAGGAAACCACCGGCCUGUGUUCGGCAAACAUCUCAUCAGCGACGGGCAAUGACCUUGUCCCUCUUGUCACGGCCAUUGCCAACUGUGCACGUGCUUGUCCAGUUGCUCGGCGGUACUGGCGUCAGAAAGUAUUGCCAACGCUAGGCAAUGUUGUUAGUCGGCCCGACGAAGGUAACAGUCUGAAAGCACGCCUUGUCCGACUCAUGACGUCACCGCACACCAAUCUGGCCGCCACUGUUGCCGAGUUUCUGUUUGUACUCUGCAAGGAGAAUGCUGGCCGGUUUGUCAAGUACACUGGAUAUGGUAAUGCUGCUGGACUGUUGCUGCAGCGUGGUAUGCUGGGAGGUGGAAAAGGAGAGCAAACUGCUGACUAUUCGUCCGACUCUGACGAUUCUGACACGGAAGAGUAUAGAGAGAGCAGGGUCAAUGUCAUGACAGGAGGGCCAGAAGCUCAGGACCAGGUUGAUCCAUUGGCUGGAAUGACAGAAGAGGAGAAGGAAGCUGAAGCCGAGAGGCUGGGCGAGCUGAUGACUAAGCUAGAGAAUACGGGCGUGAUGAAGGUGAUGAGGGUCGGUGGUACUCCGUCUUCGGCCGCUGCACCUGACACUAGUGCAGCAACAGGUACAGCAAACAGCUCUGAAUCUGCUUCUAAAGCUGCUUCUGCGUGUGCAGUUUCAGCAACCAAUGAGGAACCUGCACCUUCAUCUGCCAGUGGUUGUGCGCCGACACGCUCAUCAGAGGCUGAAGAGACUGAAGCCGCUCCAGCAACCCACGAUGAGUCUACUCCUGCUGAUGACUCUUCAACUGCCAGCGUAAAUGGUAGUGGUGCAGCGUAAAGCCGUGCUGUUGUCAAUAACUAGUGACUGUAUACCUGCCAUUCAAUGAACGCCAUGCUAUUCUUGUUGACUUUUUUUUCAAAUGGUUUCUUUCACCUCCAUAGUGUAGAUCGUAGUCUGUAAUAGUUCUGCACAAUGAUGUAGCCUUCUUGAUUUUAUAUUCAGUGCAGUCAGCGGCGCGCUAGUCCGUGCUGGCUUGUUUUAUACGCUGCCUGCUUUAAAAAAAAAUGAUCAUAUCGGUAUGCUCUUUACACCUUGUCGCCACAACUCACUUGUUUUGGUCCGUGUUCAUCUCUUUUUUGUUUGUUGUGACAGUGUUGUGUAUUCUUGCUCCGGGCAUUGUUUGUUUAGAAGUUGUUUCUUCUAGGACUGCCGUGGUGGCGCUCUAGCUUAGUGCAACUGGAUUUGCCAUAUCUUUUAUGUUUACUUGUACAUACAAUUGUAGAUAAACAACGGCUGAGAAAACAUGUGCGAGUGUGUUUUCAUUUAUACACGCACUGCAGGUGGCUUGUGCAACUGAUAUUGUAAUCUCGCAGCAGUGUCUCUGCUGCACUGCUCUAGUUUGAAUGCUAACCCUCUCGUCCUGGGCUGCACGCGUCCAAUACACUGUACCAAUGUUAGUACUCUGGA